AAUAAACAAGUUUCGAUUUUCGUUAGCAUGUGAAAGAACUCUAACGUUACAGGAAUUCAGUUGUUAUUGCUUAUCUUUACAUUUUCUAGAUCUCAUGCAUUAUAUAAAAUAUAAAGAAACAUCUGUAAAAUAAUUAUGUUUGUUGUACAACACAAAUUAUGGGAUCGAAGGUAUUUUUAAACCCUAUGGGAUCACAUGAGAAUUUAUAUAUCGCCCUUUACUGACGUUGAGUGGAAAGACAAAACACGCAAGGGCAAGUCGCAAUUCAAAGUCCAAAUUCCAGGUUCAAUUACGUGAAGCCAACAUGGGGGAUAAAAAGAUUUUGUGCAUUGGAUUGGUAUGUCUAGAUAUCAUUAAUGUUGUGGACAAAUAUCCGGAAGAGGAUACUGACACCAGGUGUUUGUCACAGCGUUGGCAGCGAGGAGGUAAUGCUUCAAACUCCUGUACAGUACUGUCCCUCCUUGGCGCGCCAUGUGCAUUCCUAGGGUCCCUUGCACCUGGUCCCGUGGCAGACUUCGUCUUUGCGGACUUCCUCAGGUACAACAUUGACAUCUCCUUGCUGGCGGAGCAUGCAGAAUGCUCCUUCCCAGCUUCUGUAGUCAUCAUCAAUGCGAGAACAGGCAGUCGUACCAUUCUGCAUAUGAACAGGAACCUCCCAGAUGCGUCAGUGGAGGAUUUUGCCAAGGUGAACUUGGCUGAGUACAAGUGGAUUCACUGGGAGGGCCGGAAUGCAUCGGAGCAGGUGAAAAUGAUUCAGCAAGUCGAAAAGUACAACAGCACUGUUCCAGAACCGUGCAGAAUCACCAUUUCGGUGGAGAUUGAGAAGACAAGGGAGGAGCUGUAUCAGCUAUUUCCUUAUGGAGAUGUGGUUUUCGUGAGUAAGGAUGUGGCCACUCACAUGGGGUUCUGCAGUGCUGCAGAUGCCCUGAGAGGAUUGUACGGGCGUGUGAAGAAGGGGGCUCUGCUGAUUUGUGCCUGGGCAGAGAAGGGAGCUGAUGCCAUGGGUUCUGAUGGGAUACUGGUCCACUCCGACGCCUUCCCUCCCCCAGCCCUCGUGGACACCCUGGGAGCAGGAGACACUUUCAAUGCGUCCGUUAUCUACUCACUCUCAAACGGUAAAGCCCUACAGGAGGCACUGUCAUUUGGUUGCCAGAUUGCAGGCAGGAAGUGUGGAAUCCAUGGAUAUGAUGGUAUUGUAUCAAAAUAAUAGUCUCCGGUGACUAUGGAGUGGGUCAUGGCAAUUUCUCAUCAGUCUCACAAGAAAGGACUUUUACAAGAUACUGCCUUGUGUUGGAAAAAAAUGACAAGAGCAGAGCAAAUGCAUGCAUGUGUGCAGUGGAGGCACAAGUAACCUUGCAUCUUUGUUUAUUUUUUCCAGUGGACCAGUUAGUUUGCUGUUAUAACUUAAGGCAUUUUUUUUUGUCUCAAUCAAUGAAUUCUGUCUUUUGCAGUAAAUGAGCCAUUUGAUUGAUGCACAUUGUAAGGGGAAAUAUGUGACCCUCUAAAAGGACCAGGACAAGUAGGAUUUUUCUGCAGUUUAAUAUUGACCUGCUUGCUACUAAGACCUAAAACUUGAAAAAGCAUUGUGCCAGUUUUAUGAUAAAAAAAAAAUAAAAUUAUUUUAGGGAGCUGUUAAA